UAUGCGAUCAUGUAAUGCGAGCGCCUCCUCUUCAGCUUCAGCACCAGUUCGCUGUGGCGGGUUAUGCGCGUGCUCACUAGCCUCUGUAGCCGGAGGAGGAACGCCUUCAAGCGAACGGGAAGCAUUCAAGAUGAUGCAGGUUCUCUCCAAGGACUGUCCACCCGGGAUGUUCGACCUAACGAAGGAAUGGAAUCUGUCGUUUGCCGGCUGCGGGUUCCUGGGGAUCUAUCACAUCGGAGUGGCCAGCUGCCUGUUGGAACAAGCGCCUUAUCUCAUCAAAGGUGCCACCAAGAUCUACGGGGCUUCGGCCGGUGCCCUAACCGCCUCGGUGCUCGCCAGCCAGGCAUCCAUAGCUAAGUGCUGUGAGGAUGUGAUCGGGACAGUCAAGGAGGCCCGGAAGCGUAACCUGGGUCCCCUCCACCCCUCCUUCAACCUGCUCAAGGUCAUCAGGUCGGGCCUGGAGCGUGACCUGCCCGCCGACGCGCACACACUCGCCUCCGGGAGGCUGUGUGUGUCACUCACUCGCGUGUCUGAUGGACAAAACGUCAUCGUGUCCGAGUUCAAGUCCAAGGCGGAGCUCAUCCAGGCACUGCUGUGUAGCUGUUUCAUCCCCAUAUACUGUGGCCUGAUCCCUCCAUCCUUCCAAGGAGUGCGUUACGUGGAUGGGGGAAUCAGUGACAACCUUCCUCAGUCGGAGCUGAAGAACACCAUCAGCAUCUCUCCGUUCUCCGGCGAGUGCGACAUCUGUCCCCGGGACACCUCUUUCAACUUCCACGAGCUGCGCUUCACCAACAACUCCAUCCAGAUGAACCUGGACAAUAUGUAUCGCCUCAGCAAUGCCCUGUUCCCCCCAGAACCCAAGGUCAUGGCAGAGAUAUGUCAGAGUGGCUACAAGGACACCCUUCGCUUUCUUGAGGAGAACCAUCUGCUGAAGCUGGAGUGUCCGACUGCCGGUCCCAGCCUAUCAGAAGCCACACACACCUGCUGCUGCAAGCCCAUCGCCACGGAAACCACUAAGGACUGGAUGCUCCGCCGGCUCCGCCUCCUGAGGAAGCGGCACUGGUGGCUGGACGAGCAGAUUGUUGACAACCUGCCAACCCAAAUCAAAAAAGUGUUUUGUGAGGCGUGCCAGCAGAAGCCUGGUCUGUAUGCUCAGGUGUCUGAGAUGCUGCCGGUCAGAGUGGCCUCCUACAUGCUCCUGCCCUGCACACUACCUGUGGUAUCAGCCUACUCAGUGGGCAAGAGGUUUGUGGAGUGGAUCCCAGAGGUGCCUGCAGAUAUGCGUUGGCUAGCUGGGGUGGCUGGGGAUGUAGCUGGGAGCGUGUACAGACAGACCCGGAGAGGAGCACCAGCAGACAUAACCAGUGAUGGUUCCCUGAGGAAUUACAUGAGCCUGCCCCUACCCCUGGACAGUGACGGACCCAGGGAGAGAAACAGUCAUCCCUCCGGGUUCGCUCUCUCUGCUCUUGACCUCCAAAGCCAAUACUGGAACAUCCCCACCGCCCCCUCUUCCCGCCGCCCCACCAGCCCCCUCAUGCCCAGCCCCUCCCCACGACAGAUCUGCUUCUUUGUUGGCUCGCAGGAUGAGACUGACUGACAGUCCCAUCCACCAAUGAGAGGACACUUUGACAUUGUUUUAAAAUAUGAUAGGACAGUCCAGCUCAAGAUCCCUCCCACAGGGCCUGUCUAUAGGCUAUAGGAACUGGGAUGGACAAAUGAUGGUCAUGUGAUUGAAUAGCUUUGGGAUCCAGAACUGUUGCUAUAGACACACUAAUCAUGUCUUUUGAUCACUCUAACAAUCAUAUUUUAUUCUACAUUGUAGAACAAUUUUACCAGCUCACCACCAAAGACCUCUGCAAGUGAAUUCUUUUUUGAAAUUAUACAUUUUAUAAAUAACUAUGUCUAGUUUUUCCAGAUUACUUGUUGUCACUACAACUAUACCUACCUACUUACAGUACCUACCUACCAGACGAGGCUGGUGGAAGGAGCUAUAGGAUGACUGGCUCAUGGCUGGAAUAGAAUAAAUGGAACGGUAUCAACAACAUCAAACAGGGGCGGCAGGUAGCCUAGUGGUUAGAAUGUUGGGCCAGUAA